AUGGCUUUUAAGUUCGUUGUAGUUCUUGCCUGUGUAGCUGUAGCUACUGCUGGAUUAUUACCUGUUGGCCAGGAGAGGGCUGAAGAAUACGAGGGACAUCCUAACUAUAGUUUCAAUUAUGAGGUACAAGAUAUCGAAACUGGCGAUAAUAAAGCGCAAUCUGAAACUAGAGAUGGUGACGUGGUAAGAGGUCAAUAUUCCUUGGAUGAAGCAGAUGGUUAUAGACGUAUUGUUGAGUAUUCCGUUGAAGGAGAGAGUGGUUUUAAUGCUGUUGUACGCCGUGAACCAAUUUCACCAAAAUCUAUUCCAAUUGCUCUUCCGGCACCAGUUAAAGCAGCUCCUUCAAUACCAGCUCCUGCAUCAGUACAAAAACCAAAAUUAGCUUUACUCUCGUUACCAACUUAUCGGGUACCUGAACUCAAGUCAAAUAUUGUUGAAUCAGCACGAGCUCAUGUUGUACCAACAGUUUUACAUCAUGCUCCAGCUCAAGCUCUCAUCCAGACAUCAGUUCCAGCUCUACAUUUAGCACCUACACACUACGUUCAUGCCAUUGAACCAAAAUCUCACUCCUCAACUGUAGUUCACCAUGCACCAGCACAUGCUCUUGUUCAUGCAGCUCCAACCGUUCAUUAUGCUCCAGCAGCAGCACAUAUUGUACACCAUGCACCCGCCACUACAUCUGUAUUGAGAGCUGGUUCAGCUAUUAUAUCCCAUCACGCUCCAGCUGUUGUCAAAACAUCGUUAUCCUCACCUCAUAUCUCAUGGAAAAAGGAUGGGCAAGCAACUGUUGAAAAUUCUCCAUGUUCUAUUCAGAAAAAAUCUAGCAGUUUCAUUAAAAUGCCGUGA